AAUUUUUAGAAUAUUUUUCCAUACACCACGUAAAUAAUGCUAACCCGUUCAAAAUUAGAAAUAAAUUUCCUUCGCUUAUUAAAAAAAUGUGAAGAAUUAGCUGAAGGAGAUGAUAAAGAUUGGAGGUUUGAAAGCUAUGUUACAUCAUUGCAAGACAUGUUGUCAGAAAUUAAAAAAUCUCCAAAUAAGCCAAUGGGUGAUAAAAUAAGGGAAUAUGGAAAAUCGGUCGAAUUCCUGCAGAAUUUAUUAGCAAGUCAACAAUUAAGUACAGAAGAAAAAUGUGUUGCAGCAGAAUUAUUUGCUCCGGAAUCGAAAAGCGCGUCUACUCUACGUCUUACCAAGAAAAGUCAAUUUGAAAAGGAUGCUCGAAAAGAGUUGAUGGGAGAAAGCCGAAUUAGAAAACGCAAUGUUGACGCAAAAAUGCUUUUAAAAGAGCAAGAAGCCGAACAAGAUAGUAUUGUUGAAAAGAUGAAAGGCCUAACUAGCGCUAUGAAGCAUCAAGCUAAAGCUGCUGGGGAUAUUAUAGUAGCUGAUAGAAAAAAAGUUGAAGACAGUUUAAAUGUUGCUGAUACCAAUUAUGAUAAUUUAAAAGUUGAAAGUGACAGAUUAGAAGAAUACGUUGUUAGAUCAGGUUGCAGUUGUGCUAUGUGGUUAAUGCUUAUUUUUGUUGUGGCAACAUUUAUAGGAACUGUCUUAUUUAUGAGAUUAUUUCCUAAGAAGAGGUAACACAAGAUAUGAUAAAUAUACUUUGAAAAUAUUAUUUAUUUUAAAAGAUUCUACCAAUGAUAAUUUGAAAAAGUAAAGAAAAUAAAAAAUCUCUUAACUUUAUUAAUUUCUUUUAUCAUUUGUCUUUUUUUCAACUUUUUCCUCUCCUAAAUAGGCAAUUAAUUCACUGAAGUAGAAGAGAGAUGAAGGUAGAAGCUGAAAAUAGAAAACUCAUUAAAAGCAAGUGCUUCACAUUAUUUGAGAAGCUGCUACUUUUAAAAAGUUCUAUAACCUGCACUAUAACUAUUUUGUAGGAAUUAUGAAUGAAAAUAGUAAAUAAGAUAAGAAGUAG